GCCCCGCCGCGGGCUGACCGGUGCGCGCAGGUGUGCAAGCCGGUCGCGUGCGCUCGCCUGGGGCGCGAGCCUUAGAGGGGCGCCUGCCGGCGGGGCGCGCUCUAGUGCGGUGGGCGGGCCCCGGGGACCGAGGUGCGUCCGGGCGGAGCUUCGGGAGGUUUCAGCCAGGGUCGCGUUGGCCAGGGGCCGCCGCGCGGAGCUUUCAGGGGAGGCCUGCCCCGCGGAGCGUCGGCACCCAAUGGCCUGGGGGCGCCGGAGAAGCGGCGGGCUGUGCCUGUAGCCCCGGGCGGCCGGAGCUCGCGAACCCGAGGAGUCACCGGGCCCGCAGGGCUGGGAAGAGGUCGGAGGGGAGUCUGUUGGCAGAAUGAGGAAGCGACCGCAGCCUGGCCUAAGGAGCAGCCAGGAUUGGGAGGCCGAUUUGGAAGCUGGGGACCAAGCGGUGAGAAGGACGCAGGCUUCCAGCUGCACCCUCAGUAGCUCAGCCCACCCGGCCGCCCAGUCCUCUCAUCCUGUUGGUGGGGUGCGGUUCUUUGCUUCAGGUUGUCCUGGGACGCUGGGUCACUGGAGCUGCCAGCUUGCACCCUCACCUCCCGGCCCCACUGGGCCCACGAGGGCCAUUUGGGCCCUUGCUCCCCCAUUCUAGGGAGUUUCAGUGGGAUUCUGGCCAGUCCGACUCGCGUUGGCUUGUGAUUGCCUCUGACCCGCAACGUUUAUGAGCGACUUUACGCGUGGCCCCAGGAGGCCACUCCAGGAACCCAAUUCUGCCGUCCUUCACCAGGCCCUUGGAAGCUAAUGGAGUGACUGAAUGGAUGGCUGCCACACUUGGCUUCUGGCGCCCCAGGAGGUGGUGCCGCUGACCUUCCAGGACGUGGCUGUGUACUUCUCUUGGGAGGAAGGGCGGCAGUUGGGCCCAGACCAGCGGACGCUAUACAGGGACGUGAUGCUGGAGAACUACGGGCACGUGGCCUCGCUGGGACUCCCUGUGUCUAAGCCAGAGCUGAUCUCCCAGCUGGAGCAAGGUGAAGAGUGGUGGGUGCUGGGUCUGCUACGAGCUGAGCAACAGGAGGUUUUGAGCAGGACAGAUUCUGUGAUUGGGACUGAGAAGGAGUUAUUCAUUCUAAACCAGAAAUGUUCUGAAGAAGUGAAAACACCAGAAUUGAUAUCAACAACAUUCUCAAGGGGUAAUCCACAAGCAUCUAAGUUACAGAAAGCUUGGGACAUUGAGAAUAAACUAGAAGAACACCUGGGAAAUCCUUUUGGGGAGAGUUUGAAGAAACCCCAUCUUCACAAGAGAGUUUUCAGCAAAGAAAUUUUCAUGUGUAGGCAAAGAUCUCCGGGAGAAAGAAUCCAGAAAUGUGGUACAUUUGAUAGAAACUUGAGUCUGAACCAAAAUGUUGUUAGACUUCAGAAAACUAGAACAGGAGAAAGAGGUUUUAAAUGUGAUAUCUGUAGCAAAACCUUCAAAUAUAAUUCAGACCUAAGUAAACACCAGAGGAAUCACCCUCGGGAGAAACCAUAUGAGUGUGGUCAAUGCGGACGAACCUUUACUCACAGCUCAGGACUUAUUCUGCAUCAGCAGGUUCACACUGGAAACAAACCAUUCAAAUGUAAUGAAUGUGGGAAAAAGUUCGGUCUUCAUUCCUACCUCCUUCUUCACCAGAGAAUUCACACUGGGGAAAAACCUUUUGGAUGUAGUGAAUGUGGGAAGGCUUUCAGUCGGAGCUCAACUCUCAUUCAACAUCGUGUAACUCACACAGGAGAAAAACCGUACAAAUGUAACACAUGUGGGAAAGCCUUCAGCCAGAACCCGCAGUUAGCACAGCAUCAGAGAAUUCACACUGGGGAGAGACCCCAUGCAUGUAGUCAGUGCGGGAAGGCCUUCCGUCGAAGUUCAAGCCUUAUUCAGCAUCAGAGAAUUCACACUGGGGAGAAGCCCCAUAAAUGUAGUCAGUGUGGCAAGACCUUUAGUCAGAGCUCAAGCCUUUUUCUCCAUCACAGGGUUCACACUGGUGAGAAGCCCUAUGCAUGUACUGAGUGUGGUAGAGCUUUUGGUUUUAACUCCCAUCUUACUGAACACAUACGGAUUCACACUGGAGAAAAACCCUAUGUUUGUGCUGAGUGUGGCAAAGCCUUUAGUCGGAGUUCAACUCUUGUUCAGCAUCGGCGAGUCCACAGUGGGGAGAAGCCCUACCAAUGCCCUGACUGUGGGAAAGCCUUCAGUCAGAGCUCACAGCUUGUCCUGCACCACAGAGUCCACACGGGGGAGAAGCCCUAUGAAUGUGGUGAUUGUGGGAAAGCCUUCAGCCGGAGGUCCACCCUGACUCAGCAUCAGAAAAUUCAUUCUAGGCAGAACCCUCACGAGUGCAGAAAAUGUGCCGCAGCCUGUGUUCAUGGCUCCAGCCAUAGGCCACGUGGAUGGAUCCACACUGGAGAGAAACACUCUGUGUAUGACAGAUGCCAUGGCACAAACCUUGUUCUGCAUUGGACGGUUCACUCUGGUGAGAAAUCCUUUAGGGGUGAUGAACGUUGUAAACCUUCCAGUCCCAGCACACAACCCACCAAACACCAGAAAACUGGUGCUGGGGAGAAGCUCUACAAAAGUCAAGAUUGUGGAAACUCCUUCAGUCAGGGCUCAACCCUUACUGAAUAUGAGGUAACUCCUGCUGGUGAGAGGUCUUAUUGUUGUCAUGUGUGAGCACCUUCAGCCAGACCUCAUGACACACAGCAUCAGCAAGUCCACGUGCGAGAGACACCUUUAAAUGAUGAAUCUGAAAGAUACUUUAUUCAUAGUAAAAAGAUUUUCCAAGAAAGACACUUUUAAUGGGAUAAAUGUGGGGAACAGUUCAGCAUUUGUCUAUUUUGUAUUGGGUAGGAUGGUAACAUGGAAGUCAAGUAAGAAGAUCAAAAUAUUAAUAGCAAAGCAAAAUAAACAGUUCAGAUAUCUAAGUCA